ACUGCAUACACUGCAGAGAAGAAUUCACUUCUGAAAAGGUGUAAACUCAGACCUAAUCACCAUGGCUACAGCUGUAGAUGUCUCUCGCCACCUUCAGUGUCCGAUCUGUAAGAACCUGUUUGAAGAUCCAGUCAGCACAGUCUGUGGACACAGCUUUUGCCAGCGCUGUCUGGAACAGCACAUAAGCACGAGUGAUCAACAAUGCCCUCUGUGUAAAGAGUCUAUUUACACAAAACCCAGCGUGAACGUUGCUCUCAAAACCCUUCUGCAGCAGUUUCUCCAGAUGCAGAUGGCGGACCUUAGUCUCUACACGGGAGAAAGAGGUGAGAUCCCCUGCAACGUCUGUGAGGAAAACCUGACAUCAAGAGCUGUGAAGUCCUGCUUGACCUGUUUGCUCUCAUACUGUGAGCGGCAUCUGAAGCGCCAUCAGUCUUUGAGUAGGCACAGGGGUCAUAAACUGGUGAGUCCGGUGGAGAGACUAGACGAGAAAGCAUGUCCUGCCCACGGCAGACCUCUGGAGCUCUACUGCAAACGGGAAAAGCGUUUGAUCUGCACCUUAUGUGUGAAGACUGGGGAAGAUGUCAUAUCUAUCGAGACGGAGAGAGAGAGGAGAGAGGCUGAACAGCAAAAUAUUAUUAAAGGAUUGGAAAGCAUGACAAACCAGAGUGAGAACAAACUUGAGGAUCUUCAAAACACUGUCACAAAAUACCAGGUUCAGAUAGACAGAGAGCAGAGGGAGAUAAAGGAGGUGUUUGCUGAAGUAAUGGAUGUUGUGAGGAGAGCUGAGGUGGAGCUGCUCAUUCCUCUGGAGGAUGGAAGAAGACGUCUUGACAAGGAGAUGGCAGAAAAAACCCAGCAGAUACAAAAGGAAAUCCUGAAGUAUAGAGAAAUCAUCGAUCACCUGAACCAAAAUAAGAAAGAGGAAGAUGACAUGGUCUUUCUACAAUCUGAUUGGCUGGAAGUCGAACCCUCUGUACCUGCUGAAGUCAAAGAUGAUUGGACAGUUUCUAUUGACACUGAACUGAAGUUUGGCUCCAUGAGAAAUAUAAACUCAUCCGCUUUGGCUUCCAUUAGGACUCAGCUAGAGAAUCUUUGCUCUUUUGAAAUUAGAAGAAUUCAGAGGUUUUCAGUGGAUGUGAUUCUGGAUGAAGAAACGGCACAUCUGAGUCUGGAAGUGUCUCAGGAAGGCAAAUCUGUGAGAGACAACGGGAACGUUCAUUACAUCUCGGGCGGCCCCGGACAAUUCGAUCUGGUGGGUGGAAUCCUGGGAAAGCUUCAGAUUAUGUCGGGAAGAGCAUUCUGGGUAGUUGAGGUGGGGGAGAAAACUAGUUGGGAACUGGGUGUAUUGAGAGAAAAUGCAAAUAGGAAAGGGAAAGUCUCCUACAAGCCCGAAGAGGGUUACUGGGCCAUCGUGCUCUGCGAUUCAAACCUGUAUGGAGCUUUUGAAGAUCCUCCUCUUCAGCUUCAUCUCUCCACCAAACCCCAGAAGGUGGGAGUGUUUGUCGACUAUGAGGAUGCUCUCGUCUCCUUCUAUAAUAUGGACAAUCUGUCACAUAUUUACUCUUUCACUCAGUGUGACUUCAAUGAAACGCUCCGUCCAUAUUUUAACCCUCAUCCCAACAAAGAUGGUAACAAUUCUCUUCCAAUGACCAUAUGCUCUGUCAACCCAGAUGACAUAUUUAUUUAGGAGCUGUGUCCAGUUGCAUAAAGCACCUUAAGUUUUCCAUCUUAAGUGUGACACUUUAGGGGUGAUUUCCCUUUACCGAAGACAAUAGGAGAAUAACUUAAGUAAAACUUGAGGUAUAUUUAAGGAGCUCACUUAAGGGAAAAUUACACUUAAGGUGCUUUAUGCAACGGGCCCUGUACUGUGUGCAGUAAGCAUUAACACACACACACAAAAACAUACACGCGCGCACACACACAAACACAUACAAAUUCAUAGACCAUUUUCGUUUUUUUUAAAUGUAGUAUUUAAAGAUAUAUGAAUGUGUUUAGCUAAAAUUAUACUUUUUUUCAUUCUGUGAACUACUAACAAUAUUGUUUCUUUUUGCACUUAUUUGCA